AUGACCCGAAAGCGACCUCACAAUGAUAUACUAGUCCUAUCCAAGGCGGGACAAAGCUUGAAGAUGGAUACCCGUGAUAUAGAGGAGAUUGAGUAUGACAUUUCUGACAAGACAGUGAAGCAGCUCCAAGCAAUAUGCAGGGACUACCACCUCCACUGUUCGGGCAAAAGACAGGAACUACUCGACCGGCUGCAGACGUUCUCUGACAAUCGUGAUGGAUGGCUAAACAUGUUUGAACCACUGAAGGCCCGUGUUCAUGGUGCGAUGACUGGAAUGAGAGCGAAAAGUGGUCUCGCGAAGCGUAUGGAAAAGAAGUUUCCAAAGAAGGCCAAGGUCGAAUAUAGGCCCCGCAAGUCUGGACAUGAUCGCACGGUCUCAAAGGCAGAGAUGUCUGAUGGAAAAAUCAAACACAAUACUGCAUGGGCCGACAGCGUGAUUGACUCCUUCAAGUUCAGCGCGCCCCUUCUGAAUUGCAACAAAAGUCUGGAUGCUUCAGUGACACCGAUGCCUCAGCAAAUCCCUGAAAGCGUCGAGCAUACAACAUCAGAUGACUCACCUGAGAUCCCUCCAGUAAACCACAGCUCUCCAGGUUUACCUGUUGAAAUUGAUGGCCGACCGGGUAGCGAACUCGACAGGAGAAUUCAGGGCAUAGUGAGUAGCUAA